AUGCCCGACGCAAAUGGGUCAACUUCACAUCAUCAUCAUAUAUUUGACAACUUAAAUGAUUAUAAUACACCAAAUGAAAAACCAGCAAGAGAACUGACGAAUUUUGAUAAAUUAUAUCAAUCAAUUUCAAAUGAUGAUAACAAAGAGGAGAGAAGACCAAAUCAUAAUAAUAAUUUACAAAGACAAGAUUCAUCACAAAUAAUUGGAAAUCCAUUAUCAUUUUUCAGUCCAUAUGAAGAUCGAAAUGAAAGUAGAGAAGAAGAAGAUAGUGAACAUGAACAUAAUCAUUAUCCAGGUGAUAGUUAUAACAAUAUAAAUCUUAAUAAUAAUGGUCAUCAAUAUAAUCAAGAAGAUACUCCACCAACAGAAUAUUUACAAUCUCAACAAAAUAAUGAUAUACCGUCAAAUUUACAAUCAACUCCAGCAUCUCCUAAAUCAAAAAAGCCAUUUUUAAGAUCACAAACAUUUGGAAGUUAUAUACCUCAUUUCAUGCCUAAAUCUACUCAUACACUCAACGAUGAACAACAACUGGAUUUAUUAUCACCAAAUCAACCAGCUUCAUCUCAAAAUUUAAGUCAAAUUGAUCAAACUAAAUCACAUAAAGGAUUUAAAAAUAAGAUUUUUGGAGAUAGAAGAAAACAUGAACAAAGACCUACUACAUAUGGAUCAAAUAUUGGUUUGGAAGAAGAAGAAGAUAAUUCUUAUAAACUGACAGGACUUAGAGCACAAAAACUUAUAUCUGGUCUAUCACUUGGUGGUCCAUCACUUGGUUUAGUAGCUUCAUGUUUAUUGACAGACGAUAGAGGUAUAGCAAGAGCUCCACUUUUACUUAAUUUAUUAGGGUUUAAAAUUGUAGAUGUAUCAAAUAAUGAUUAUACAAGAAAUAGACAUAUGAGAAUUGAUUUGGAAUAUGGAGUUGGUGAAGAAAGAAUGGUUUGGUCAGUAUUUAAAAGAGCAACUGAUAUAGGUUUAUUACAUGCAAAAUUAAAAUAUGAAGCAUUUAAAGGUGAUUUUAGUGGAGAAAAACUUCAAAUACCUAAAGUACCAAUUCCACCAGUUAAAAAAUUAAAUAAAUCAAAAAGAAAUAGAUUAAGAUCAACUGUGCCUACUUCUAUGAAUGUAUCAAUACCCGAUACGGACAAUCGUUCUAUGCUAUCAAAUAAUUCUAGACUUUCAAGGAUGAGACUGCGAAUUGGUAGUAUAGCGUCAAUUGUAUCAAAUGAUAAACAUGAAACCCUUGAACAACGUCAAAAUCGUAAUGCAGAAUAUAGAAGAAAUAUUGAAGAAUAUUUAACAAAAGUUAUAGAAGAAGUUUCAUUAAAACCAAUAUCCAAUUUAUUAUUCAUAUUUUUUGAAUUAUCACCACUCUCAGCAUUAUUAAAUUAUGAAAGAGGAUAUCAAGGUAAACAAGGUCUAAUACAUGUUGGUGGUAAUGCUAGUUCCCGAGGUUGGAGAGUUGGUCAUUUCAAAUUAGAUGAUUUGAAAGGAAUUUAUAAAAGGCGUACUGAUAAAUGGAUGUUGGUAAGAGAUAGUUAUAUCAUGUAUGUUUCAGAUAUUAACUCUACUACUCCUUUGGAAGUGUUUUUAUUAGACUCUGAUUUCACAGUUGGUGCCAAAAAUGGUAGACCAAUAGAAGAAGAUGAUGAAGAAGAUGAUAAUUUAGACGACCCAAAUUUAAAUACAUUUGAAGAUCUUAAUAAUUAUGUUCAGAAACAUACUAAAAUAUUUGGUGGAUAUAAAUUGUAUCUUGAAAACAGAGAAAGAAAAAUGAAACUUGAACCUGGUUCGAAAAGAAAUCAACUUGCUUGGUAUAAGUCAAUUAAAAAAAUGCAACAAGCUACUGAAUGGGGCCAUGAACAAAGAUUUGAUUCAUUUGCUCCUAUUAGAACCAAUUGUUCAGCUCAAUGGUUUGUUGAUGGUAGAGAUUAUUUUUGGGCAGUAUCAGAUCAAAUGGAAUCAGCAAAAGAAACAAUUUUCAUUCAUGAUUGGUGGUUAUCACCAGAAUUAUAUUUAAGAAGACCAGCAAAUAGUAAUCAACAAUAUAGAAUUGAUCGAUUAUUACAAAGAAAAGCUAAAGAAGGUGUUAAAAUUUAUAUUAUAGUUUAUCGUAAUGUGGGUUCAACAGUUGCAACUGAUUCAUUAUAUACGAAACACUCAUUACUUACAUUAAAUGAAGAUAAUAUUCAUGUUAUAAGAUCACCAAAUCAACUUUUACAAAACACAUUUUUUUGGGCACAUCAUGAAAAACUUUGUAUAAUAGAUCAAACUUAUGCAUUUUUAGGUGGAAUUGAUUUAUGUUAUGGUAGAUAUGAUACAGCUGAUCAUACAUUAAUUGAUGAUUCCAAAAUAGAUUUUAAACAUCUUGAAAAUAAAACAGAUUUUAAAGAAGAUUCAAUAACUAAAUUUCAAACAUUUCCAGGAAAAGAUUAUUCAAACCCUAGAAAAAAAGAUUUUUUUGAACUAGAUAAGCCUUAUGAAUCAAUGUAUAAUAGGGAAGUUACACCAAGAAUGCCAUGGCAUGAUAUUCAUAUGUUUACAAAUGGUAAAAUAGCAAGAGAUUUAUCCAGACAUUUUGUUCAAAGGUGGAAUUAUUUAAUUAGACAAAAACGUCCAAGUAGACCAACACCAUUAUUAAUUCCGCCACCAGAUUUUACUCAAGAAGAAGCUUUAAAAGCAGGAUAUAGUGGAUCUUGUGAGAUCCAAUUGUUAAGAUCUUCUGGUAAUUGGUCAUUAGGUUUACAACGUCAUGAACAAAGUAUUCAAAAUGCAUAUUUAAGUUUAAUUGAAAAUUCAGAACAUUUUAUAUAUAUUGAAAAUCAAUUUUUUGUUACUUCAUGUGAGAUUGAUAAUACUGAAAUAAAAAAUAGAAUUGGUGAUGCAUUAGUUGAUAGAAUUAUUAGAGCUCAUAGAGAAGGUAAAAAAUGGAAAGCUAUAAUUGUUAUACCUUUAAUGCCAGGUUUUGAAGCUCAAGUUGAUCAAGCAGAAGGUUCAUCUGUCAGAGUUAUUAUGAGAUGUCAAUAUAUGUCCAUCUCAAUUGGUGAUACUUCGAUAUUUGCAAAAUUAAGAAGAAAAGGAAUUGAACCAGAUGAUUAUAUACAAUUUUUUUCAUUAAGAAAAUGGGGUAGAAUUGGACCUCAAAGAACUUUAGUUACUGAACAACUAUAUAUACAUGCUAAAUGUAUGAUUGCAGAUGAUAGAAAUGUUAUAAUUGGAAGUGCAAACAUUAAUGAAAGAUCAAUGCGUGGUGUUCGAGAUUCUGAAGUUGCUGCUAUAAUUAGAGAUACAGAAACAGUUGAUUCAACAAUGGAUGGUAAACCUUUUAAAGCUGCAAAAUUUGCUCAUACUUUAAGAAUGAGAUUAAUGAGAGAACAUCUUGGUGUAAGUAUAGAUGUAUUUGAUGUUGUUGAACGCAGAUUUGAAAAUAUUGAAAAAUAUGCUCAAACUACAGAAGGUAUGAAAUAUGCUACUAAUAAAUUUCAAAAUGUUGAACGAAGAGUUACAUCAGCAAUGGUUGAAUUAGCUUCUAGAGAAGUAUUAAAUGAAAGAAAUGGAACUGAAAGAUAUUUGGAUUUCACUAAAGUCAAUGAUUUAGAUGCACAAAUAGUCAAUAUGGAUUAUGAAGUAAUGGAAGAUGAUUCACCACCUCCAUUACAACUUCCAACUAUGUUUAAUACUAGAACUGGUCCUAAUGAAGCAAAUAAAGGUGUACGUGAUAAGAAGAAACAUUCCUACGAUAAUAGAGUUCAACAUAGUCAAGUACAUAAAGAUGAUGUUGCAGGUAAAGGUUUGGAUCGAUAUAGAACCGUAUUGGCAGCAACUACAAGAUUAGAAAGUACUAAAUUUUUAGAGGAAAUAUCAUUGAAAACAAUGGAAGUAAACAAUAAUAAACCAUUUAUACCACUUCAUGAAGAUGUUUUACAAUUUUUAAAUUCAAAUGAUUCCCAAAUGUUUCAUGAUAUGGAUGAAGAAUCUGAAGUAAUUAUAAAUGAAAGAAAUAAAGAAAGAUGGUUAUUAUUGAAAAAAUUAGCUUAUUUACAAAGAGUUGGUGCAAGAGAACAAUAUUUUGCUAACAUUGAAAAUGAAAAACGAUUACAAGCUGGUUUACCUCCAGUAGAUCGAACUGCUAAAUUAUCAGAUAUUGAUACUUCAGAAAGCUCAAAUAUUAGUAUGUUGGAUACUAAGAAAAAAACAACUUCAUUAUCAGAUCAAGCUAUAAAAGAUUUACUUUUUGAAAUUUCCACACCAGAAGCAAGAGGUAAAAAAUUUAUGGAUCCUUAUAAUUUUGCAGAUCCAUUAGAUCCAACAUUUUAUGAAUAUCUUUGGAAUGAACAUGCAAAAAGAAAUACAGCAAUAUAUAGAAUGGUUUUCCAUUGUCAACCAGAUAAUUCUGUUGGUUCAUGGUCAGAUUAUACUAAUUUUACUAAAUUUCAAAGUGAAUUCAUGAAAGGUCAAAAUGCAGAAGCUGAUGGUAUUGAUUAUAAUCCACAUGAAGAUGAACAAAAUGAGGAAUCACAAAAUAUUCAUAUGGCAAACGAUGCAAAAAAUGAAUUUGAAACUGAAACUGAUGAUGAUUAUGGACUUUUAGGAAGAGUUCCACCAUCAAAAGAAGAAUUAGAAAAACAACAAUCUGAAGGUAAAAUUAGACAUAAAUUAGGACGUAAAAUGAGUUCAUUUGCAGGAGUUGCAGAACAUAAACUUGAUGAAAAAUUAAAAAAGGAUGAAGAUUUAACUGAAGAAAAAAUUGAAAGUCCAAAAGACAAUUUAGAAAAUGGAACAACAAACAACAAAAAUUACAACUACACCAAAGAAAGAGAUUCAUCAGAAUCAAGCGACAAGACAAAACAACCCAAAAUAAGAAAAGUAAGAGAAAAUGGAUACGUUAAUCGUAGAAGAUUAAUGAAUGCAGAUGUUGUAUAUGAUAAACAAACAGCAGAAAAAUUAUUAUCUUCAAUUCAAGGUCAUUUAGUUUAUUUUCCAACAACUUGGUUAGAUGCUGAAUUAAAUAAUGAUAAUUGGUUUUAUAGUACUGAUAGAUUACCACCUAUGGAAAUUUAUGAUUAG